ACAGAGGCGCAGUUGAGGGAGGUGGCCGCCAGAGGGCGCGCCCCCAACCUUUUUCAGUGGCUCCUCCUUUGCAAAAGGACCCAGAAGCCCUGCUGGACUUGACACACCGAGCAGCCUUCCUACACUGCCCUUCAUUGCAGAACUUUCUGCUUCCUUGGAAACAUCUCUUCGCAUCUUUUUAUUAAUGAGAAAAUUCAAGGAUGUCCUUUUGGAGGAACUUUGAAGCCUAAGGAAGGAAGGAAGAGCCUGUUUUGCUGCAGCAGAACAACUUGGGCUCCUUUUCUUGGACUCAUCCAUCAUCGUCAUCAUCAUCUCUGGCUUUGGCCUAGAGGUCUCUUCCUGAGCCUGAUGAAGCCCCUGGUGCCCUGUCUGUGGAUCUUCCUGGUGGCACUUCUAGACUUCCUUGCCCUCCGCCUGGCCUGGCAAAGGCUGAGACCCCCUGGAUGGAACCCCUUGGCAUUUUCCUGGGCCCUUGCCCUGGGGCGGUGGGCCACGCUGACCCUCUCAGCUUAUGCCAUCACCUGCCUCAGGCACAGAUUGCCUUGUGCCCUUCGAGAUGCCCUCUUCACCUCAGCUGCCCUCCUCAGCUUUCUGAUACCCUGCUAUGCCACCCUGCAGCACAUGCUCCUUCCCAAAGAGGACACCCUAGAACUGACUCACAGCUGGGGCAGAGCUGAUGUGUUUGUCCUCAACUAUGGCAUUUUGGGGGCAGUUGUCUUCCUUUGGCAUCACCUUCUUCCCCAGGGGGGAGUGGUGGCGAAGGAGAGACCCUCAGCAUCCUCAGCAUCCUUUGGGCACCUUGUCUUGAGCAUGAGGCCAGAGGCACUGAGGUUCAUGGCCAUCGCAGGCCUCCUUGUGGCUUCAUCCUUGGGGGAGAUGGCCAUCCCGUAUUACAUGGGACGUGUGACUGACUGGAUUGUGACUGAAGCCGGCACAUCCUCCUUCAAGAAAGCCCUGUGGCUGAUGUCUCUUUUCACUGUGGGCAGUGCCGUGGCAGAGUUUGUCUGUGACUGCCUCUACAACACUACCAUGAACCGGUUCCACAUCCGACUCCAGAGCACUGUUUUCAGAUCAAUCCUGCGUCAGGAGAUUGGGUUCUUUCACGCUAACCGAACAGGGGACCUCACUUCCCGUGUGACAUCUGACACAGAUGCCAUGAGCGAAGCCCUCAGCGGGGACCUGAGCCUGUUGAUGUGGUACCUGAUGCGGGGUCUUUUCCUCUACGGCACGAUGCUGUGGCUGUCAGUGCCUCUGGCCUUGUUCGUCACUGUGGCCCUUCCCUUCAUACUCCUGGUGCCAAAGCUCUCUGGGAGAUUUUACCAGAACCUUUCACAGGAGGUCCAGGAAUCCCUUGCCAAGGCCAAUGAGGUGGCUGUGGAGAACUUCCAAGCCAUCUCCACCAUCCGCAGCUUUGCUAAUGAGGACGGGGCAUCUCGGUGCUAUGAGGAGAAGCUUCAGGAGACCUACAAGCUCAACCAGUGGGAGGCUGUGGCCUAUGCUGCCUCCAUGUGGACUAGCAACCUCUCAGGACUGGCUCUCAAAAUUGGCAUCUUGUAUUACGGUGGCCAUCUUGUCACACUGGGGCACGUGAGCACCGGCGCUCUUGUUACCUUUUUCCUGUAUGAAAUGGAGUUCUCCACAGCGGUGCGGGUCCUCCUCCAAGUGUACCCCAAUGUUCAGAAGGCGAUAGGCUCCUCUGCAAAGGUUUUCGAAUACAUCGACCGGAUGCCCAAGAUCAGCCCUUCCGGCAAGUUGGCCCCCCAGGAUUUACAAGGACACGUGGUGCUGAAGGAUGUUUCUUUCUCCUACCCUGACCGGGACAAUUCCUUUGUCUUGAAGGGGGUGUCCCUGGAGCUGUGUCCUGGCACAGUGACGGCCCUCGUGGGCCCCUCGGGGUCCGGAAAAAGCACCGUUGUGGCCCUGCUGGAAUGGUUUUAUGAGCCCCAGAAAGGCCAAGUGUUGCUGGAUGGCAGGAAUUUGAGUGAAUACGAGCAUCAUUUCCUGCGCCAAAAGGUGGUGCUGGUGAGCCAAAGGCCAGUGCUUUUUGCUCCUGAAGAAAACAUCGCAUAUGUUGGGGAGUGGAGCCGGGAAGAGGUGGCCAGGCAGCCCCGGCGAGUAGGAGCCCAUCGGUUUGUUGCCCGACUGAGCCAUGGCUACGACACAGAUGCUGGAGAAACAGGAAGCCAGAUUUCUGGAGGACAGAGGCAAGGGGUUGCCAUCGCUCGGGCUUUGAUCAGAGAUCCCAGAGUGCUAAUCCUGGAUGAUGCCACCAGUGCCCUCGACACAGAAAGUCAGCAGGAGGUGGAAAAAGAGAUUUAUGAAGGGAAGGCCCGUAACAGGCGUUCUGUGCUGCUUAUUUCUCACCGCCUCCACAGUGUGGAACGUGCAGAUCUCAUCCUGGUCAUGGAAGAGGGGGAGAUCCAGGAGAAAGGGACCCAUGAGGAGCUAAUGGAGAGGAAGGGAGCCUAUUGGCAGCUGGUGCAGAGGCAACAGAACGGGACCAAUGGGGGAGGAUGCAAUGGUGUCCCCAAAGUGGCAAAUGGGCCUCUAUAAUGGCAGCAAAACAGUGGAGCAUCUAGUUCUAGGGUCCAGGACCUUACCUAUUGAAGGGGACUUUCUUUCCCUUAAGUCUAUGAGAAAUAAGAAGACCAGGUCUGGUGAAUCAAAGAACCAACUUUAUUUAGGGAAAGAAAUGCAUUUCUGUCUCCUACCCUGAUGGAGUGGAAUUGAAAAAGGAUGGGAGCCCUGAGCCGUAAGCUCUUAUGCUCUAAUAUAGUUUGUUAGGGUUGCAAAGUCACUCCUUCAAGGAAAAUGUCAUCAUGCUAAUGAAUGCAAUAGACAUUUUGCCUUCUAGAUGCCAGUUGGUCAUGUACCACUGCCUGUAAGGUAAACAACCAUUCCCCAGCCCUUUGGCCUUCUAAGGAAUGAGAUAUACCAAACAACUUUCACAGUGUCAGUUUGUUCUUCUGGAAGAAAUUCUUGACAUGCGCUUUAGAUGGGAUACAAUCAUUUUUCUGGGCCAGCCCCAUGCAAAGCCAUGUUAGUUUCCCCUUCAUUACCAUUCUGCAAUGAGCUGACAAGGGCAACAGAAUGGAUAUCACCAUUCAGGAAUUAUCCCUUUCACAAAAUUCAGACAAGUCUAAGAAACACCCUGUCCCCUUUGACAUCAUCCUCUAAUAAAUAAUAAUA